AUGCGGUUAAACCUACUAUUGUGCCUUUUCUUCUAUGCUUCGGGUGAAUCAAUAAAUCUUUCGAUUGAUCAAAAAGAACUAAGAGGAGAGUUCCAUGAUGAGACGAGAAGUUUAGUAGACUAUGAAGACUUUUCUACGAACCUGACGGACUAUGCCAGCCGUAGAAGCAGCGACGACGAUAAAAUCGUUCCGGAAGAGCAGAAAAAACAACGGGAAAAAGCUCAAAAAAACGACGAAGUAGAUGAAAGCGAUGAUUCCAGCGACAUCAGUGAAGAAAGAGAACGAGACAGUGUAGAUCACCAACAUCUGAAGUCACUUACUGCGAUCAAACCAGAGAAACAUCAACCUGUUGCUGGAGUAAUCAAUUCUGCAUUCAAUGACCGAAAAACUUUCUCAUGUCCUCGCACAAAGUUGGAGUUGGUAACCGGACGCUCUGUGGCUGAUAUUUCUCCAGAAGACAUCACAAUAAUCGCCGCAAUGGGUGAUGCACUAGCAACUGGAAUUGGAUUAUGGCCAAAUGCUGAUAUCGAGUUUCGAGGCGCAAGUUUUCCAAUUGGUGGAGAUUCAACUAUUGACGGAUUGAUCACUAUUCCAAAUAUCCUACGCGAGUUUAGUCCAAAAAUAGUCGGUGUUUCGCAUGGAAUGGGUGCAGAUCUUCCCGAUCAUCAGCUUAAUGUUGCUCAGACUGGUGCUACAACAAAGGAUCUUUACAGUCAAGCUGUAGAGCUGACUCGGAGAGUGAAGAAGCUGACUGAAGUGGAUUAUAUGAACGAAUGGAUUAUGAUUAUCAUUACUAUUGGAACCGAAGAGAUCUGUACAAAAUGCGACGGACCAUCUUAUAAUCACAUUAAGAAAGCAAUCAUACAUCUUCAAAUCGAGCUUCCGAAAGCUCUCGUUGUACUUCUAGGACCUGUCCAUGUUUCAUCUUUUCAUGAACAGAAAUCGAAUCUUCUCAAAAACCGUUGUCAGUGUUCUAGAAACCAAACAGAAGGAUUUAUGUACGACAUCUCCAGGAAAUGGUCUAGAGUUUGGAAAGAUCUCCAGAAAUAUGUGGAAAAUGGAGAGACAACGAGACCUACCUUCGGUAUGAUCAGUUACCCAAUGGUCACUAUCACUUCGAGAUAUCCUAGUGGAUUGUUCAUCAGAGAUAGGCCUUUGUUAAAUCGAAGAGGCCAUAACUACGCUACGAAAUGGCUAUGGAACAGACUGAUUGGUGGUGAUCUCUACAAUCUGUCAUCUGCGACAUUGUCACAAGACAACUACUUCUGUCCUUCAGUUGUGAGUAGAUUUUUUGAAGAAAAUCAUUCAGAGGAUUCAUUUCAGGGUUGCCCAUAUUUCCGAACAUAUGCGAAUCAUAAAAAAUGCGAAACACUGACUUUCGAUGAAGCGAAAGAUCAGGAAUUGAUUUCACAUAAUGGAAAAACUAUCAAAACGGGUGACCAUGGACGAUUUGAAAUUGUUGAAGAACCGCAGAAGAAGUUGGAAGAAGCACAGAAGCAAGAACAAAAAGCAUUGCUGACCCGUCAGAACACUCGAGCACAAUCAGAAAAUGCCACAAGUCCGACAGGUAUCCAAUUAGCCCCUAUGUCUGUUGGAAGACAUAAAUCAUUCCUCGGAACAAUUGACGAGAAAAAUUCCGAUGUCUAA